AGCUACCCUGGCUACACCACAAGCUUCGGUUGCUUUCGGGAACGUCGCUCCGAUCCCUUUAAAGGUGGGAUCAUGACGGAGGUUGCGGGGGAAGAAGGCGGGAGCCGAGGGCUGGAGAGUCUCGGUUGACAUAGUAACUCUUCAGCUGCGUCUCCCUCGCUGUCGGCUCUCAGGCUCCGCCGCCACCCGCCGCCCCGCCUGCGCUCGCCCGGCCCGGGAGCCCCGGCCGCCUCCUCGCCGGGGUCCCCUCUGCCGGACGCGCCCAGGACAAGGUCCCCUUUGCGAUCCCUUCCGUGGUGACUUCUCCGGGGCCGGCGGGAGAACCGCUCGCAGAGCUCAGCCCGCCGGGCGUCCGCGCUCCUUGCCUCUCACCCUCGCUCCCCGGGCACCCGUCUGUCGCCGGGCCGGGCCGGGCCGACGGGGGACGCGGACCCUCCGCAGCGGGUCCCCGCUGGAAGUGCCAAGGCGCGUCUCCCGGGAGCGGGACCCAGGCCUGUCGGGCGUUCGCGCCAUGAACCAAAGUGCAGCGUUCGGGCCCCGGAGGGGCGGCUCUCCCCGGGUCGCGGCCGGGGCCGGCGCGCGGCGCAACGACAGCCAGGACUACCUGCUCAUGGACUCGGAGCUGGGGGACGACGGCUGCCCGCAGCCCCCGCUGCCUCCCUACGGCUACUACCCCUGCUUCCGGGGCACUGACAAUAGACUGGCCCACCGGCGGCAGACGGUUCCCCGUGAGAAGGGGAGAAGGCUAGCUAACCGAGGACCAGCGUACAUGUUUAAUGAUCACUCAACAAGCCUAUCUAUUGAAGAGGAACGCUUUCUAGAUGCAGCGGAAUACGGCAACAUCCCCGUGGUAAGGAAGAUGUUAGAAGAAUGCCUCUCCCUCAAUGUCAACUGUGUGGAUUACAUGGGCCAGAAUGCCCUGCAGCUGGCGGUGGCCAACGAGCAUCUGGAAAUCACAGAACUUCUUCUCAAAAAAGAAAAUCUCUCUCGUGUUGGGGAUGCCUUGCUUUUGGCUAUUAGUAAAGGUUAUGUUCGCAUUGUGGAAGCCAUUCUCAGUCACCCGGCUUUUGCUGAGGGCAAGCGGCUAGCCACCAGCCCGAGUCAGUCUGAACUGCAGCAGGAUGACUUUUACGCCUAUGAUGAAGAUGGAACCCGCUUCUCCCACGACGUGACCCCAAUCAUCCUGGCCGCCCACUGCCAGGAAUACGAGAUCGUGCACACCCUCCUGCGGAAGGGCGCUCGGAUUGAACGGCCCCAUGACUAUUUCUGCAAGUGCAGUGAGUGCAACCAGAAACAGAAGCACGACUCCUUUAGCCACUCGAGGUCCAGAAUUAAUGCCUACAAGGGCCUGGCCAGCCCAGCCUACCUGUCCCUGUCCAGUGAAGAUCCCGUCAUGACAGCGUUAGAGCUCAGCAAUGAGCUGGCCGUGCUGGCCAACAUUGAGAAGGAGUUCAAGAAUGACUACAAAAAACUGUCCAUGCAGUGCAAAGAUUUUGUUGUUGGACUCCUCGAUCUGUGCAGAAAUACCGAAGAGGUAGAGGCCAUUCUGAAUGGGGAUGUGGAGACACGCCACAGUGAUGGAGACCACGGGCGGCCAAAUCUCAGCCGUCUGAAACUUGCCAUUAAGUACGAAGUCAAAAAAUUUGUAGCUCAUCCAAACUGCCAACAGCAGCUUCUCUCCAUAUGGUACGAGAACCUUUCUGGUUUGCGGCAGCAGACCAUGGCGGUCAAGUUCCUUGUGGUCCUCGCCGUUGCCAUCGGACUGCCCUUCCUGGCUCUCAUUUACUGGUUCGCUCCGUGCAGCAAGAUGGCAAAGAUAAUGCGAGGACCAUUCAUGAAGUUUGUGGCCCACGCAGCCUCCUUCACCAUUUUUCUGGGACUGCUAGUCAUGAAUGCAGCUGACAGAUUUGAAGGCACCAAACUCCUUCCUAAUGAAACCAGCACAGAUAAUGCAAAACAGCUGUUCAGGAUGAAAACAUCCUGCUUCUCAUGGAUGGAGAUGCUCAUUAUAUCCUGGGUAAUAGGCAUGAUAUGGGCCGAAUGUAAAGAAAUCUGGACUCAAGGCCCCAAGGAGUACUUGUUUGAGUUGUGGAAUAUGCUUGAUUUUGGUAUGUUGGCAAUCUUUGCAGCAUCAUUCAUUGCGAGAUUCAUGGCAUUCUGGCAUGCUUCCAGAGCACAGAGCAUCAUUGAUGCAAAUGAUACUUUGAAGGACUUGACAAAGGUCACAUUGGGAGACAACGUGAAAUACUACAAUUUGGCCAGGAUAAAGUGGGACCCCUCUGAUCCUCAGAUCAUAUCUGAAGGUCUUUAUGCAAUUGCUGUAGUCUUAAGUUUCUCCAGAAUAGCUUACAUUUUACCAGCAAAUGAAAGCUUUGGACCUCUGCAGAUAUCACUUGGAAGAACAGUAAAAGACAUCUUCAAGUUCAUGGUCAUAUUCAUCAUGGUGUUUGUGGCCUUUAUGAUUGGAAUGUUCAACCUCUACUCCUACUAUAUUGGUGCAAAACAAAACGAAGCCUUCACAACAGUGGAGGAGAGUUUUAAGACACUGUUUUGGGCUAUAUUUGGACUUUCUGAAGUGAAAUCAGUAGUCAUCAACUAUAAUCACAAAUUCAUUGAAAACAUCGGUUAUGUUCUUUACGGAGUGUACAAUGUUACGAUGGUCAUUGUUCUGCUAAAUAUGUUGAUUGCAAUGAUCAACAGUUCAUUCCAGGAAAUUGAGGACGAUGCUGAUGUGGAAUGGAAAUUUGCAAGGGCCAAACUUUGGUUUUCCUACUUUGAGGAGGGAAGAACUCUUCCUGUUCCCUUCAACCUGGUGCCAAGUCCAAAGUCCCUGUUUUAUCUCUUACUGAGGCUUAAAAAGUGGAUUUCCGAGCUGUUCCAGGGCCAUAAAAAAGGUUUCCAGGAGGAUGCCGAAAUGAACAAGAGAAAUGAAGAAAAGAAAUUUGGAAUUUUGGGAAGCCACGAAGACCUUUCAAAAUUAUCACUUGACAAAAAACAGAGCUGGCGGUGCAGGACCGUUGUCAGGGGUGAAUCUCUGAUUCUCCUAGAGUUUUUGUCAUCGUCAGGGGCAAGACGACAGCUUCACCUCCAGAUGUCACACCCACUUUUCGGGCCUGAAGAGGGAGUAGGGCCAAGGGAAAGUGGGCCACGCUAGCCAGCGGAGUCUGCCACCGCCCGCCUUCCAACAAUUCUUGUUAUUGUAUCUAAUUAGCCAGAACUGGGCUGCAGGGUCACCCCAUGGGACACAAAUGCCAAGGAAGGGUGCUAUUAGGUUUUGUUUUUAAGCUAAGUAUGUUACCUCCUCCAACAAAACAGGAAUACUCUUAAGUCUCGAUGCAGUAUCAAUCUAGUAAGGGCACUGAACUCAGUAGUCAGAAGAGGGGGAUCUCAUCCCAUCUCUGCUCCAUCAGCAAUUCAUUUAACUUCUCUGAACCUUCACUUCCUCAUCUACAAAAUGAGCAUGAUCAAACGGUACAACCCAUCACACUAGAUUGUCAUGAGGAUUCAGUCGAUGCUUUGCAGAUGACAAACACUCUUACACAAAUGUGAAGUACUCAUUAUUGAGAAGUGGCUCAUUUUGUGAUUUGCUUAUAAAUAACCCAAUAAAGAUGUUUCACAAAUAGGUCAGGGUGAGCUGGAUUUUAUAGGUUUCCAGCAAGAAACUACUUGGGUUGGAAGUAUGAUGACUACACGAUGACAGUAAAUCACUGAACACAUAUGAGAAAAAUUCAAGGGCAAUCAAAAUGCCUUUUUUUCCCCUUUCUAAUAGAAACUAUAAUAUCUUUCCAGUCAAACGACUUUAUUUUCUUUGGGGUUUCUUCAAUCACGUAGAAAAUUGAAAUUUGUUUCAAUCAUCCAACAAACACAUUUUAUAUCUUUUAACCAAGGCUUGGAUUACUUUACACUUUCUGAUAGAGUUAUUUCAAUCCCAGAUGGAAACAAACUAAGGGCUAUAUUAAGCCUGUGGUGUCUGAUCCCGGUGGUGGAUCAAGAGAAUGUGGAUUCCAAUGUCAGCUGAACCCUUUUGAGUGACUGUUGUGGCAGCCGUGGGGAGGUACCGCUCAUGUCUUUCAAGAGAGAGGCUGCUUCAAGGAUUUCGAUCAGCUGCAUCUUGGAACGUCCCCUCAGCUUCCCCUCCAUGGCCGUGCUCUUUAGGGAAAAGGUCAUUCCCAGAAUGACUUACUCAUGGACCGGUUAAAAGUAAUAUUCAGCAAAGUAUCUCCAGAAAAAAAAAAAAUAGAGCAGAUUAAACCUAACCAUGAAGUUGUCCUAAAGACACAGCGUAGAUAUUUAUCCUUCUAUUUUAUGCUAAUAGCCGUUGACACUCGGAGAACACCUACUAUCUCUCAAGCUCCGCAUCCUACACACCUCAGCUCUGUAAUCCCCGCAUUAGCUCUAGGAGGUAGGUCAUAUUAUUUUCCCUAUUUUAUACAGGAGAACCCUGAGGAUAAUAGAGGGGAAAUGACCUGCCCAGAGUCCCAUUUCAGCCACAUGGCAGACCCAGAAUUCAAAUCCACAUCUGCUUGAUUCCAAAACAGGAGCUUCUCUGAGUCCUGUACCACGUGGCUUCGUUUCACAUGUGCAUCCCCUGCUGACUCAUCGUAUUGCCUCUGCCUGUUCAGUGCCCUGCUUUGACCCCAGCCUCAGGCCAGUCCCUGCUUAUGGGGAGUGGGAGAUGCCCAGAACUGUUGCUCCGUCCAGCAGCAUAAUAAAUUCCCAAGACUGAGAAUUGCUUGUCCCUCUUAUUAAGAACAAACAAGUUGUUAGGUGUGCAUCCCUCUAACACUGCAGUGAAGCUACAAGAUGAGAAAUGCUAAAAUCAAGCUAAUUAGCAGGAAGUGAGAAAAGAAAACAAAAAGAGUGCAGGAAAUGUGGUAGAAGGUAUUAAAAAAAAAAAAAAAAGAAUCAGAGGUGCUUCAUUCAGAAUCGGAGUGUGUAUCUCCACAUGAGGCAGGAACAAAGCUUAGACCCAGUCCCUCCUGCUUCCCCUCAGCAAGCACCCUCCCCCACUCCCAUCGCAUCACACAUUCAGUAAGAACCCUCGAUAAAUGCCCAGAUCACUAAGGUUUAGACACUGUGCAUAUUGUCAACUGAAUUCCCUCAAGUUCCCAGUCUAUUUUAGUAGCUGUGCAUCAAAACAGAUAUAAAUUAGAAUUUUCUGCCACCAAGUGGUAGUAAUGCUUCUUUGCACCAUUGGGUAAGUUUCUUCUUACCUGCUGUUUCUUUGUAUUAUUCAAUUUUUAAGCAUGUAUUUGUUGAAGAUUUACUAUGUCUUAGAAACUGAUUGGAAAUUUUUACUGAACAAAUAUUGCAUUUGCAUCCAAAUUCAUAUAUAGAUUUAGAGCAGAACUAUUCACAUAAAAAUGAUCCAAAUGAAUUUAGAAGUCUUUAAUCAUACACCAUUUAAGCAGACUAGUGGUUCCCAAGGAGGAGUGAUUUUGACUCCCCACUACCAGCAGCCCAGAGGGCUCUGGUAAUACCUGGAGACAUUUUUGGCGGUCCCAACUGGAGAGGGGAGCGGUUAUUGGCAUCUGGGGAAUAGAGGCCAGGGAGGCUGGAAAAUGUGAUACAAUGCACCGGAAGCCCCCGACAAUAAAGAAUUACCCAGCCAAGAAUGUCAAAGAAUGUUGCAACUGAGAAACCCCGGACUCUACCCACAGAGCGCAUGCAAAGGGCAGCUGGGUGUUAUGCUAAAUCUGUGUGACACAGCGUAGCUGCGAUCAUUGGCCCUUCGAGAGCCACACUCUGGAAAACCAACAAUUAUGCCCAUUCUCAAAUGAACAGAAUAGCAUUUUCUGGCUUUCCCGGCACUGUUAGCUUCUGUGCCAUCCAAUGUGUUAGUUUGUAAGAUGUCUGCCUCCGGUCUUAAAACCAAUUCUCCCUGUUUCAGACAUAUCUUCACCAUGUGGUUGAGCUGCAACCAUCUGGUUCAUGACUCCAGGUUAUAUAGCCUGUCUUGUAUAGCGAGCUGCCCAGAAACCAAGCGAAUUCCAUUAGUGACCCAAGUGCACUUCCUCCUUCCUUCGGUUCACCAGCCAACAACUUUUGAGCACUUGCCAUCUGUUGGGCAGUGCUGGCCCUGGGGACCCGAAGCUGAACUUAAGAAAGUGCCCCCUUCCGCGGUGCCUAGGCGGAUGAAUACAUAAUUGUCAAUCGUGGAGCAUGUUGUGGAGCAUACACAAGGAAGGCCUCCCUUGCUCAAGAUCUGUCUUUUCAUGGAGUGGGCAGAGAAAGCCGUCUGAGUGAGGAGCUCUGUUUUAAGCUAAAAAUCCAGAGGAUCGGGCAACGCAAGUCAGCCAGGCAGAGAGCUGGGAAAAGAGUGUUUCAGGAACGGGGAAUAACAAACCCAAAGGCCUUAAAUUAGAAAAAAGCAAAUGAAAAAGUCCUGUGUGGUGUUACUGUAAGUUUUUUUUUUUAAAGGAUUAUUGCCAUAGGCAUGGUGUGUGGUAGAGAGGCUUUAAUUUGGGAUGAUUUAGACAUCAGGUAUUAAGGUCCACAUAUUCAUCUCUAAAAAAAUCCCGAAGAAGUAUAAUUUUUCACUUUCUUAUUUCCAUGAACGCCAUUUGGAUGUGUUAGUGGCCUCUAAUGAAAGGAGAUGUCAAAUUGCAACCGUGCCUUUUUUUUUUUCAUUUUUCAGUUUUAUUAGGUAAAAUUGAUACAAUUUGACUGCACAUAUGCAAUAUAUUACAUGUAAGUACAUAUAUACAAUAUGCUGCCCAUAUUUUAAAAUUUACAUAUAUGUACUGUUCAUUGUUUCUGAGAACAAUUUAGAGCUUUAGCUUUUUAAACUUACAUAGUUAUCAAAGGAAUUAAAAGCCAACCACAAAAAAAGAAUCAACAGAAUGCAGUAAUCCAAUCAUAAAGGACAGUCCAAUGUGCUUACACAUAUUCAAGAAAUCAAUCAUCUAGAUGGUAUGAAUAAUAAGUAGUUCAUUUGUGUCCUUUUUGAUUCAGAUUCCACAUAUAAGUGAUAUCACAUGGCAUUUUUCUUUCUCUUUCUGCUUUAACUUCACUUAGAAUGACAAACUCCAGGUCCAUCCAUGUUGCUGCAAAUGGCAUUAUUUUAUUAUUUUUUUAUGGCUGAGUAGUAUUCUAUUGUAUAAAUAUGCCACAUCUUCUUUAUCCAGUCGUCUGGCAUUGGACAUUUGGGCCGUUUCCAUGCCUUAGCUACUGUAACUAGUGCUGCCAUAAACAUUGGGCAACCAUGCAAUUUGCAACCAUGAUUCACAACCAUGAGGCUGUGAGUUCAUGAAGGGGUGGGCAUGACACCCAAAGAUUCCCUUUACCUAGAUCCUUUCUGUCCAGUUCUGAACCUGCCCUCACCCUCCAUGAUUUAUCAUAAAAACUGGCGGAUGAAAGUGACUUGACUCUGGUUAUUGUGUUUAAUGAUGUCCUUAAGGCAUAAAUCAGAGCUUGAAAGCCAGGAAUAACUCUACCAUUAUAAAA